GCUAACCGCGAAACUCCGACCGUAGACUAGUCAACGUUGUGAUCCUCUUUCUCCCAACGUUGGAAAUUACGUAAAAAACUCUGGUGCAGUGUUCUAGUUUCAUGUACUCUGUUUUCUACUUGUGUGUUCUUUGCUCUGUUCUUCGUUUGCGGUUUAUUAUCUUGUUACAAGGUACACUUUGAUCGAUGAAACAAAAAUAAAAAGGGUUGGGAACAACUACUAAAACGUUGAGUUUUUGGUAAAGGGGAGAUCUCAUUAUAUUUGCUUAACUUGGACCAAGGUUGCUAUCAAUACUGUGCGUACAGGUUAAAACAAGGAAAUAGAGUGGGCUUAACAUUGGAUUUCGGUUGAGGCUAGAAUUGGGCUCAAGCCCUUCUCUUUAUUCCCCGAUCCAUUGCUUUGCCUUGGUCAUUUCACAAUACCAUAAUAGGAAGUUGUUUCCCCCUGUGUCGAUCGAAUUUCCUCUUUCAGGCAUCUCUCUCACAUGUUCUUAGCAAAAGCCUUGAGUAAAGUUUUGCAGGUGCUCAAUUGACUGGAAAAUAACAAGAGGAACGCCCAGAAUGUCUUGCGCUCGACGAACCAACACGUGGUAUCAUAGCCUGGUUUCGUCGAAUAAGAUCCUACGAUCUCCGGAGGUAAAGAAAUCGUGUAUGGAUCUGGAAAUGGUGCUGUCCUCUAUCUCGCAGAUGGAUUAUCUCAGAAUCGGCCACCUAGAUUUGAAGGAGUCAGUUACGGAUACUGGAAUAAUCGCAUGGAACUCUUCAUCGGUUCAACUGAUCCAAAGAUUUGGGAUAGAGUCCUCGAUGGUCCUCUCGAGGUGAAAGCUGAUCGAAGCAAAUGGACGGAUGAAGACCGAGACAAGCACCAACGAAAUUUCAAGACCACAAACCUAAUGUAUUGUGUGCUUAGACCAGAAGAAUAUCACAAGGUCUCUGGGUGCAAGACUGCGAAAGAAAUCUGGGACAAGCUUCAGUUCACCUACGAAUAUACUUCUCAGGUUAAAAUCUCAUGCAUCAAUACUUUGAAAUCGGAGUCCGAGUUGUUCAAGAUGAUAGAAGGGGAGACCUUUAGGCAGAUGUAUGAGAUUUUUACCACUACGCUAAACAGCCUGGAUAGCAUGGGAAUUACUUAUGAGAGUGGAGAUCUAGUUCGAAAACUAUUGUGGUCUCUACCCAAGAAAUGGGAAGCUAAAGUGACUGCUAUUGAGGAAGCCAAAGACUUGAGCAGGUUGUCGGUGGACGAGUUAAUCGGUUCACUAACACCGUAUGAAGAGAAGCUCAAAUGAGAGAUAGGUGAAGAAGAAAAGAAAGAUAAAUGUGGAAUAGCAUUCAGGACUUAAGCAUAUGCUGAACACUCAGAUAACUACGAAGACAUGGAUGAUGAUGACGAGCUCGCAAUGCUGAGCAAACAUAUCUCCCAACUUAUGAGGAUGCGAAAAGAAAGAAGGCGAGGAAGUUCUCUCAUCAAUAUAAAGAUGCAUAAAAGGAACAGGGACAUGGAAUUGGAAAGCAAGGGAUAAGUCGUAUGAAUCAAAGAGUAAAAAGAGACAUUGUCCAAGUUGAGAAAAAUCAGACCGACUGCUUUAAGUGUGGAAGACAAGGCCAUAUAAAGGCUGAUUGUCCACUUUGGAGAAGUGAAAAGGCGAUGGCAGCAACAUGGAGCUGUAGCGAGGAUGAUGAAGAUGAGUUUCAGGAGCAGUCUCGAAAGAAGGACACAUGUUUAAUGGCAAUUGAUGAUCAGGAUGCUGACAACAAUCUUUCUGAGGUAAGUAAGCUCUUUAUUCGCUUGAUGCGAGAAUUGGGCUGAAGCCCUUCUCUUUAUUCCCUGAUCCAUUGCUUUGCUUUGGUUAUUUCACGAACACAAUAAAAGGAAGUUGUUUUCCCCUUUGUCGAUCGAAUUUCCUCUUUCAGACAUCUCUCUCACCUAUUCUUAGCAAAAGCCUCGAGUAAAGUUUUGCAGGUGCU